UUUCCUCCACCUCCCUGAGACCCAUCUUUCUUCUCAGCAUGUCCCUUCUUGGCAUCCUCUUGCUGGAGAGGUGGAAGCCCAGGUUCCUGUUUGAUUUCUCAGCACAGCCAUCCGAGGAGCCAGGAGGGGAGAGUGAGGGGGUGACUACAGGGGCACAACCUCACCUGCUCAGUGUGCCUGAGCUGUGCCACUGUCUGGCAGAGAGCUGGGUCACCUUCAGGCUGUACCUGCAGGAAGUGCUACAGUACAAGAGGCAAAAUCCUGCCAAGUUCUGCAUGAGUGUCUGUUCAGGCUGCCUGAUUCUGGCUGUAGUUGGACACUAUGUUCCAGGCAUAAUGAUCUCCUACAUCAUUUUGCUCAGCAUUCUGCUCUGGCCUCUGGUGGUCUACCAUGAGCUGAUCCAGAGGAUGUACACGCGUUUGGAGCCUGUCCUGAUGAAGCUGGACUACAGCAUGAAGGCAGAGACGCUGCACCACAAGCAUGAGAAGAAGAAGCGACAGGGGAAGAGUGAGCCUGCAGCAGGUGAUGAGCCAACAGCAGAGACCGAGAGUGAGAGUGAGGCAGAACUGUCGGGCUUCUCCCCAGUGGUGGAUGUGAAGAAGACUGCCCUGGCACUGUCAAUCACAGAUUCCGAACUCUCUGAUGAGGAGGCUUCCAUCUUGGAGAGUGGGGGCUUCUCUGUCUCAAGGGCUACCACACCACAGCUGACAGACGUUUCUGAAGACCUGGAUCAGCAGAGCCUGCACAGCGAGCCGGAGGAGUCGUUUUCCAAGGACCUGGCAGAGUUUCCCUCCGUGGAAGAAUAUCAUUCCAGAGACAUGGGACCACAGAGCGAUGAAGACGCGUUUGGUGUGCCUCUGGGUCCUGAGCUUGCCCACGCUGCCCGUGAGCUGGACUCGGCAGAGAAGGAGGCCGCAGACUCUGAGCUCUCCAUCCUUCGCCUAGCAUCUCCUCUCCAUUUUGUAAAUACGCACUUCAACGGGAGCGGGCAAGUGGCAGGAGGCGGCACAGAGCCAAAGACUGUCCCUGCCCCAGGCCUGGGCAUGUGCAUCGGCACGCUGAGUGAGGAGAUCGUCACCACCGCCAUUACCACAGCGGUGCAGAACACUCUCUCUGCCCUGCUGCAGUCCUCGGAGGCCAGCGAGGGGCCCUCCCUCUCCGAGUUCCUCCCCACCGAGCCCGAGGAGAAACUGAGCUUCCAAGCACAGCUGUCAGAGAGCGAAGCAGUGGAGGCAGAGACAGCAGCUUCACCAGAGGAUGAGGAGGAAGCAGAUGACUUUGAGCUACUGGAUCAGGGGGAGCUGGAGCAAAUGGAUGCAGAGCUGGGGCUCAGAGAGGAGCGGGAGGCGCAAGAGUCUCCUGCCGCUCCGGCUCCCCCC